AUGCCGUCUAAGAAAAGUAAGGGCUCAAAAGACAAGAAGGGCUCCAAAGGCUCAAAGGGCUCCAAGGGUUCCAAAGGAAAUGUCGUCGAGCCACAAGAAGAGGAGGAGUUGGUCGUCCCCGUACCGGAGGGCAUUAUGCAUAGACGGCUGCGGUUCCUGUUGGAAACUACGCUUAAGACAGAUGUUGACUUCAUAGUCGGUCCAACUGGCAACGAAACCACCAUCAAGGCCCAUAAGUGCAUGCUGGCUGCGGAAAGCCCUAUCUUUGAAAAGCUCUUCCAAGACUGCGAUGAUUGGAAGGAUGAACAGGUCAGAAAACGAGAGGCGGAAAACCAAGCUGCUCGCGAAGCCGACGCUCAAAUGGAAGCUGCACUGGCACAGGAAGCAGCAGCUAGAGGGGGAAACUCGAAGGGCAGUCCCAAGUCCAAGGGGAAGGGAAAGGGAAGCAAGGGGAGUGGUUCGCCUAAGAAGGGCUCUCCCAAGGACAAAUCAAAAUCCCCCAAGGACAAGGGUUCCAAAGGAAAGGGCUCACCCGGGAAAUCCAAGGGUAGCUCGAAGAAGAGUCCAAAAGGUGGAGCGGCACCUGAAGCGCCGGCCUUGGAUAUUACCUUCUUUAAGGACGAAGUUAUUGGAGCAGAUACAAUUCGUGUUCAGGAUUAUCUUCUUGUUUCUCGUGCCAGCGUCAACUCAAUUCAAAGGACGGGUUUUACCCAAAUUGCCUUCAAAGGUUACGUAAACCAUAGUCCAUGGUACAUUUACUAUGACGAGAUGACCUUCACCGGCGUCGUCGGUACCAUUAGAACCCUGUAUGCGGCCAGAAAGUACUGCUUCUAUGACCUAGCCCGGGCUUGCGUAAACUACUUGGAGAACAAUGUUUGCAUCGAGCAUAUCUUCCGGUUACUGCAGGCUGCAGUGGACUUCCACGAGGACCGUUUGAAGGACCUUUGUAUGCGCCUAAUCAUCAACGACACCUUUGAGGUGAUAAAGAAGGAGGAGUUUAAGGACAUAAAGAAGGAAUUGGUAAUCAUGAUUCUUGAGCAGGAUGUACUCAACGCACGUGAAAUCGAAAUCUUUGACCAGGUGAUGCAUUGGGCCGAAAAUGAGUGCGAUCGUCUGAAGAUACCCGUCACCGCAAUGAAUCAGAGAAUUGCCCUCGGAAAUCAUAAUUUUGCCCUUAUUCGGUUUCCAACCAUUCUAGCCCACGAAUUCGCAACACAUGUUGUCGAGAGCGGAGCCCUGAGAACGGAGGAAAUAAUCCCUAUUCUACAAUACUACAUUACGGGUGAGUGGCUUUUUCUCCUGUUCAAAGCACUGAUAGAUGUCAACAAACACGCUCUCGAAAAAGUAGUUAUAGUGACACCCUACAACUACCCUUUGUGGGGGGGG